AUGCCCAAGGGAAAAAUUAACCAAACUCAUUAUAACAAAUUGACGGAGAUUUUUACAGGAUAUAAUGACGUCUACAAUGCUUUGUACAUGCUGAAAACAAAUGACGAAGAAAAAUUAAACGCAAUUUACAAAAAAAUCAAACAAAACCUUAUCGACUCUUAUCAAAUUUCCCCUGGUGAUAUUAUCAUUGAUAUAUCCGAACUUUCAAUUUAUAACAACCGCUACAUGAAGUCAUAUUUAGCGAUUGCCAAACAAAUUUUUGACGAAUACCAUCUAAAUCAUGUUAACGAAAUCAACAGAGUUUUUAAUUACCUUUUCUACAAAGAAUACAGUACAGUAUUGAAUGAAAACGAGGGAAAAAGUUUUAACGAUUUUGAAUAUUCUCAUUAUUCAUCUGAUAUUCACGAACAAAAGACAAUUCGCAGAUCUAUUAUGGAUGAUGACAAAAUUGCAUUGGUAAUUUUUACAGAAGGAGAAGAAUUUGAUAAAAAUCAAAAAUUAAAAAGUAAUUUAUAUCCAUAUUCAUAUGAAGGUAUUUCAUUACUUGAAUUAUGUUGUUAUCAUGGAUCUGUUAAUUGUUUUAAGAUCUUAAUAACGAAAUUUCAAUCAGAAAUCACUCCAGAUUGUCUUAGAUAUUCGUUUUUGGGUGGAAAUCCAGACAUUAUGUAUGAAUGCUUGAAAGUACAAAAACCAGAUAAUGAAUGCAUGAAAUAUGCAAUUAUAUCACACAAUAUCGAUUUUGUCACAUUUUUGAUGAAUGAACACAACAAAAAAAUUGAUUUAAAAUUGUGCUCUAAAUACAAUAAUCUUCAAUCAUUUUUAGUUUAUUUGGAUCAAACCAAUGAUAUCAACACAUGUUUUGUUUAUUCUCUGAACUUCCAUCUUUCAUCACUUUUAGAAUACUUUAUUUCAAAUGGUGCAGAUAUCAAUGCUAAAACUAAAGGUGGAUUGACCCCUCUUCAUAUAGCAGCCUUUAAGAAUUACCAAGAAACAUCAGAAAUUCUUAUUUCAAAUGGUGCAGAUAUCAAUGCUAAAACUGAAUUUAGCUGGACCCCUCUUCAUAUAGCAGCCAGAAAUAAUUGUAAAGAAACAUCAGAAAUUCUAAUUUCAAAUGGUGCAGACAUCAAUGCUAAAACUAAAGAUGGAUGGACCCCUCUUCAUCUAGCAGCCAGAAAUAAUUGUAAAGAAACAUCAGAAAUUCUAAUUUCAAAUGGUGCAGACAUCAAUGCUAAAACUGAAGAUGGAUGGACCCCUCUUCAUCUAGCAGCCAGAAAUAAUUGUAAAGAAACAUCAGAAAUUCUAAUUUCAAAUGGUGCAGACAUCAAUGCUAAAACUGAAGAUGACUGGACCCCUCUUCAUCUGGCAGCCAUUAAUAAUUCCAAAGAAACAUUAGAAAUUCUUAUUUCAAAUGGUGCAGAUAUCAAUGCUAAAACUGAAGAUGACUGGACCCCUCUUCAUCUGGCAGCCAUUAAUAAUUCCAAAGAAACAUUAGAAAUUCUUAUUUCAAAUGGUGCAGAUAUCAAUGCUAAAACUAAAAGUGGAUGGAACCCUUAUCAUCUAGUAGCCAGGAAUAAUUGUAACGAAACUGAAGGAAUUAUUAUUGCAAGCAAGACAAAAUAA